CGGUUUGUCUUUGUCCUCGCAUGUAUACCAUGACGAUCCCCACUUCUCUGACACCGGGAUUCCUAGACUAUACAAAGCGCAGCCUAUCCAGGACCGCGCCCCAUUAAUCGCAGGACGAGCGGCAUUUUCCACGAAUGGAAUUUGCAUAACCCUAGCGACAUCAUGCAGGUAUACCUGUACGUGAGGAACCUAGAUCGGUGGACUGUCACCGGAUUCCGUGACCGGGUCGACGCUGGGGUCACGCAGCUCGUCAUGGACGUCGUCCACGAUGGUCAGUCAAUUGUGCCUUGGAGGAGGAAAGGGGACAUCAGCCGCAUGGUCAAAGGUGACAGAGAUGGCGAUACUCCCGUUGCCUCUUCCAUUACUCCUGUGAACUCGCCGCCGAAGCGCAAAGUUCGACGACGAGUCCACAAGAGCUAGGCGAUAGUCAACUUGCUUUGCGCAGCUGGUCCCUAUUUGAUACCUCCUGCUGGGUACGUUUUCGCGAUUUAUGCUUAUGGAUCUACUAUUGCUCGGGGACGGUAUUGCUUCUGCUGGAAUUUAUAAUACUGGUUAUAUGCUUUGUAUACAUGUUUGCUAUAUCAACAGACAGACACAG